CGUUUGCUAUGAAAUCCUGGUACCAAGUGUGUGUCAUUUCAUUCAAAAAAGAAACGAGAUAUGGCGGCCAAAAUUGGGUCGUUCCGGCACAGCUUCUUGGAGAGGAGCAAGGAGAGGCUGCUCUCACGAAAAGGGUACUCGGAUUUCGGGCUCAACAGCUCUGAAUGCGGCGAUGAGAGUCAAGUGCGGCUGGUUUGGGAAAAUGUCCGAUGGGUUGGUCGAGUUUUACAACAGCGUUCAGGAGGUUUCGGUUAAACUGUAUCAAAUGGGCCGCUCCGAUCCUCGGAAAGCUUACUUCGCCGCCAAGAUGGGCUUGUCGCUGGCGAUUGUGUCACUGCUCAUAUUUUUCAAGGAGCCCCUCAAAGAUGCUAGCCAAUAUUCCAUCUUGGCGAUUCUCACCGUUGUCGUCGUUUUCGAAUUCAGCAUAGGUGCGACGUUGAACAAAGGGUUUAAUCGUGCUUUGGGGACAAUUUCGGCUGGAGGGCUGGCUCUAGGUAUAGCAGAGUUGGCUGCAAUGGCCGGAACUGGCAGGAGGUGUGAUUGUAGUCAAUAUUGGAUUUCUUCCAAUGCUCUGCAAAUGGAUUUACCGUUGGCCUGGUUAUGCUUCUUCGGGGAUUUGAUGCAAAUGAACAUUGUUCUUGGUGUCAUUAUUUGUCUUGUGUUCCUACAUCAAAAUGGAGCUGCAAUUCAGAGCCCGCAUACUGCUCUGUAA